AGGCAAUCAAAGUCGAAUCACAGUCAAUUAUGUUUCGCUCGUGCGUUCUCAUCGCGGCGUUGAUCGCUUUGGUCGGCUCGAAUAAUCCGACCCAAAAAGCGGGUAAGGAUUGGUAUAAGAACAGUCUGAUAUACCAAAUCUAUCCGAGAAGCUUCAAGGACAGCGAUGGAGAUGGCAUUGGCGAUUUGAAAGGUAUCACAAGCAAAUUGGAACACAUCGCGGACAUUGGCGCCGAUGCGCUGUGGAUGUCACCAAUUUUUAAGAGCCCGCAGUACGAUUUUGGCUACGACAUAUCUAAUUUUACUGAUAUCAAUGAAGAAUACGGCACCCUAAAAGACUUUGACGAACUCGUGGCGAAGGCAAAGUCUCUCGGGUUGAAAGUAAUUCUUGAUUUCGUACCGAAUCACAGCUCUAAUGAGAGCGAUUGGUUCUUUAAGAGUGUCGAUCGGAUCAAACCCUAUGAUGAGUACUAUAUCUGGCAUGACGGAAAAAUAUUAAAUGGCACUAGAGUACCACCGAACAACUGGAUGAGCGUUUUCGGUGGCUCUGCCUGGCAAUGGAAUGCGACUCGAAAGCAGUAUUAUUUCCAUCAGUUUGCUGUUGGACAGCCGGAUCUCAAUUAUCGUAGCCCUGCGGUGCAAGAAGAAAUGAAGAAAGUGUUGACUUUCUGGAUGAAUCGGGGUGUGGAAGGCUUCCGCAUUGACGCUAUCAACCACAUGUACGAAGAUGCCCGAUUAUUGGACGAGCCGCCAAGUAACAUACCCGGUUUACCAGAGGACGACUACGACAUCUUGAACCACAUUUACACGAAAAAUCUUAAUGAAACUUAUGAAGUUCUCAAGACUUGGAGACAGUUGAUGGACAAUCAUAACAAGAACUCUGACACGAAAAUGAUUUUGACCGAGGCUUAUACGGACUUCGAUCUUACUAUGUUGUAUUAUAAAUCAGGCUCGACGGUGCCGUUUAACUUCAUGUUUAUGGGUGAUCUAAAGAACGUGUCCAGCGCGGCCGAUUUCAAACGCUAUAUUGAUCGUUGGAUGGACAAUAUACCUAACGGUCCACAGUACGUUGCGAACUGGGUAGUGGGCAAUCACGACAAUCAUCGCGCGGCUUCCAGAUUUGGCGAGAAACGGGCCGAUCAACUUUCCAUGCUGGCGAUCGUUUUGCCUGGCGUUAGCGUAGUUUACAAUGGCGACGAGAUCGGCAUGGUCGACAGGAAUUUCACGUAUGAAGAAACCAAAGAUCCUGCCGGAUGCAACGCUGGACGCGAGAGAUAUCCUCUGAAAUCGCGAGAUCCGGAAAGAACGCCUUUCCAAUGGGACGAUAGCACUAGCGCCGGCUUCUCUACUAACAAAACAACGUGGCUUCCGGUGAACAGCAAUUACAAGGUCUUGAAUCUGGCAGCGCAAAAGGCCGAAUUUGUCUCUCAUUAUAGAAUGUUCAAACGUAUGGCGCAACUGAAGAAGAAGCCUGUCAUCGAGCAAGGAUCUCUGGAGACUGCGUUGUACUGUGCUGAUUGUACUGGCACUGAGAAUGUUCUAGGGGUGGUACGACGAUACAAAAUAAACGACGAUAAAGAAUCCAUCGUGGUGGUCCUAGUGAACUUCGUCGAUAUCAAGGUUGCCACCGUCGACGUUGGGACCUGGUUGAAUAUUCCACAGCAGUUGAGAGUCUAUGCACCUAGUGUGCACUCCAAACUGCUUCCAGGAUCGCGCAUCAAUAUGGCCUCCGUCACUCUGCCCGGUGCGGCCUCCAUUGUGUUGGCCACAGAAGAUUUGUUUGAGUAAAUUUCUGCUUAUUUUGUCCUAACGGAUAACUCUUCAGUAAAGCGAACACAAUUUCGGAUAUAUAUGUAUAGACAUAAACACAUUUUCUGCGGACAGAUCAUGUAAAUCUGAGAAUGAGUAUUUAAUAAAUGUAUCUUGUAACAGGAAACAAUUAAAAAUAAAUUUGUUGGUAUCA